CUGAUUUUAUGACAGCCAGAAGCGUGUGGAGAUGAUAAACAAGGUGAAUGCUACAAUAAGCCACAUUUACUUUUACUUAAAUGUGUCACAAAAUUACCGGACAAUAAGCUAAAAGGCAAUGAAAUACAUCGAAGUUCUGUUGGCGAUUCUUAUUUGUCGUUGCACAAAAUGCGUGGUCGCCAGUCCAGGAGACGGACUCCACACUUGGGGGAGAUUCAACAAACUCUCUUACCCCGGCGACACAGCGUUUUUGUACGACACCUUUCCAGUCAACUUCAUGUGGUCAGUUGGCACUGCCGCUUACCAGAUCGAAGGGGCGCAUAACAAGGACGGCAAAGGGUUGUCUAUUUGGGACACCUUCUACCGCGGCGGCAGUCGAAUAAACAAGGGAGACGUGGGGAGCGACAGUUAUCACAACAUCCCUGGCGAUAUCCGUGCUUUACAAUUUCUUGGUGUGAGUCACUAUCGGUUUUCUCUCUCCUGGCCGCGUAUUUUCCCGAAUGGAAGUGUGAGCAGCUAUAAUGAAAAGGGAGCAAACCACUACAAAAGGUUAAUACAUAGUUUAAAAGAAAUUAAAGUGCAGCCUGUAGUUACUAUCUACCACUGGGAUUUGCCCGACAACCUACAAAUUCGCUACGGUGGUUGGGGUAAUCCUAUUCUCAUUGAUCUAUUUCGAGAGUAUGCAGAAUUUUGUUUCAAAACGUAUGGAGAUGAUGUGAAAUACUGGAUCACUAUAGAUAACCCAUUUGUGGUCGCCUGGCAAGGAUAUGGCACGGGAAAAGCAGCGCCUGGAAUAAAGAAUGAAUCAGACUUGCCAUACAGAGUGGGACACAAUCUCCUUAAGGCCCAUGCAGCAGCUUGGCACACAUAUGACAAACACUACCGUGCCAAACAAGGUGGAAAGGUCUCCAUGGCUCUGGCCUCCCACUGGGUCAAGCCUCGCAGAACCCGGCACGAGAACCACAGGGCGUGCCAGUGCUCUCUAGACUUUGUGCUUGGGUGGUUUGCGCGACCCCUGUUUGUGGAUGGCGACUAUCCCCCUUGCAUGAAGCACAAACUGUUCCACACACUCCCCGAGUUCACAGAGGCCGAGAAGCUUCACAUCAGGGGCACGGCGGAUUUCUUUGCCCUGUCUCACGGGCCCUCGCUGAGUUAUCAGCUCAAGAUCGAGGACAGCACCUCGCCGAGUUAUCAGCUCAGCGAUAGUUUUCUUCUGUUUGGCCAAGAAGAACAGCUGGACCUGCGUAUGCUGAUGUACUGGAUUCACGCUGAGUAUGACAACCCGCCCAUUUUUGUGGUGGAAAGUGGAUGGUAUGAGUAUAACAACAUCAAAACCAAGGAUGCUAAAUACAUCAAUUAUCUGAAGAGAUUCAUAAUGGACACAUUGAAAUCCAUCAGGUAUGACAAUGUGACUGUAAUCGGCUACACGGCCUGGUCUUUAGUGGAUGGGUUCGAGUGGUCCCGGGAGUACACGAUUCGGCGUGGGCUGUUCUACGUUGACUUCAAAACCCCAGAUCAAAGGAGGGAACCCAAGGCAUCUGCCAUGUUCUACAACAAACUCAUAGAAAAGAAUGGCUUCCCCCUGCUCCUGGAACACCAGCCCGUCCAGGGGGUUUUCCCCUGCAACUUUGCCUGGGGUGUAGAAGCCAACUCCAUACAGAUUGAGACGACCCCCACCCAGUUCGCUGACCCCAACGUCUACAUCUGGAACAUCUCGGGCAACGGCGAGCUGCGGCGCCUCGAGGGUGUCCAGGCCCCUUCUGUCCGCCCAGUCCGCCACUGCGCCGACUACGCCUCCAUCCACCAGCAGGUGUCAGAUGUGCGUCGCCUGCAUGUCUCCCACUUCCACUUCGCCCUCAACUGGUCGUCAGUCACACCCACAGGCCGCGUGGACGAGGCCAACGCCACCUUGCUGGGCUACUACCGCUGUUUCGUCAGCGAGCUCAGCCGCGCCAACGUCACGCCGGUGGUCACGCUGUGGCACCACACGCUGGGGCGCUCCAGCAUCCCCGCGCCACUGGAGGGCGGAGGAUGGCAGAGCAAGUCCACGGUGGCGGCAUUCGCUGACUACGCCCGGCUGUGCUACCGCUGGCUGGGCGUGCACGUCAAGAUGUGGAUCACGCUGGCUGAGCCCAACGAGGUGCUGGGCUACGAGGCCGGCCACCACUUGCUGCUGGCCCACGCACUGGCGUGGCGUGCGUACGACCGCGAGUUCCGCGCCACGCAUGGCGGCAAGGUCUCGCUCGUGCUCCACAUGGACUGGGUGGAGCCGGCCAUCUCCUUCAGUCGGCAGGACGCGGAGGCCAUCCACCGCGUGCUGGCUUUCCGUGUCGGUUGGUUCGCCGAACCCGUCUUCGGCGGCGGCGACUAUCCGGCACUUAUGCGGAGCUGGUUGCAGUACCGCAACUCUUUGGGCCUGUUCAACUACCAGCUACCCACCUUCACCGAGGAGGAGAGGGAGCUGGUCAGGGGCACCUAUGACUUCUUGGCCAUCAGCCACUACACCACCACCACCGUGCUGGAUAACCAGGUUUUGUUGAAUAACAAAUACAACAACCCGACACUGGAGGUCCAGUUCAGCAAUGACCCCACCUGGGUCGGUGCGCCAAACAACUGUGUGGUGCCUUUUGGCCUACGCAAAGCUCUCAAGUGGAUACAUGCCCAUUAUAAGGAUGUGCCCAUCUACGUCAUGGCCAACGGUGUGAAAGUGGAUCCCUCCCAAUUUAAAGACAACUUGCGAGUUUACUAUUUGUACAACUACAUCAAUGAGGCUCUAAAAGCUCAUACACUGGAUGGGGUGAACCUUCAGGGCUACUUUGCGUAUGGCCUCAAUGACCUGCUCGAUCCUGGCUUUGGCAUGUAUGGUUACGUGCAGGACGAAGUCAUCGAGAAAGUGUCGCUGAGCCACUACCGCAACAUCAUCGACCACAACGGGUUCCCUGCCCCAGAGUCGGCUCCUCAGCAGUGCAAGCGACCUGUCGAGCCUUGCAGCGGCUGCCACAUCCUGGCCAAGCACUCGGUGGUCGGCUUCCUUUCACUGGUGGGCUCUGCGUUGGUCAUCACGAUGGGCCUUACUUUGUAUUACGCCACCAGAAAGCACAGUUAAGUGCUCCGUAUAUAGGUUUUUCAUUUACCCCCACACACCAGCGCCGAAAUGUUUUACUGACAAGCAUUCCAUAAACAAUGAUACGGUGGCACGACAGAGUUUGAUGCUGGUGAGCGGGGUUGUAUUGAAAACAACGGAAUGGAAUGUAGCGAAAUGUCGAAAGUGGAGUGUGCUGCACUCAUGUCGGCGCCUAUGCGUGGAGGCCUUUAGACACCUCAUCAGUCUCUGCUUGUGUGCCUUUUGUGAUGCUGGUAGAACAGACUGUAAGCAGUUACGCAUUAGAUAUAGACUGGCAAGGCUUUUAGUGAAAUGGGAAAUAUCAGUGUAGUAGUGUUUGGCACCUAAGCUUUUGUACAUUAAUAUUAUUCAUUUGUGUAUUAUCAAUGUGGACUAAACAAUGUUAGAUUCAAAUAUUGUUAUCCUGUGAAGUAGCUGAUGUCUUUCUGAUGAAAACAAUGUUGCAUAUCCUGUCAAUGAAACUGCUAUCCUAAUUAUGUCAAUCAUUUUAGAAAUCUGUGUUUUAUUUUUAAAUUAAUUAUACAUAUUUUGUAUUUUCAGUAGGUCUAUGUAAUUUAUUCUAGAUAGCAUGUUUUCAUGUGGCUUCAUGUUUUUUGAUCAAUGUGUGUUUGUCAAAGCAUCUUUCUUGUGCUUUGUAACAAUCUAUAAUAAAUCGUAGGUGUGUA